AAUAUCCAAAAUCAUUAAGUAUUAAAGUUUAUUGUGCGUUGUGAUAUUAAUAUAUAAUGGCUAUUUGUAUAUCAAUAGUUGGGAAGGAUAAUGCUCCACUAUAUUUUUCUACAUCGGACAUGGAAAAAGAGCUAGAGUUGCAGUAUAGAGUACAUGCAGCACUUGAUGUAGUGGAAGAAAAAUGUCAGCCGUCCAACAAGGGAACAUCUGACUCGAAGGAGUUGUACUUGGGACUUUUAUAUUCUACAGAAGCUAAUAAAAUGUGGGUGACAUAAAUUUGUGGGUUGUUAAAAUAGUACAAAUA